AUGUUUGCCCGCCGCGAAAGCGACAAGCCCCUGCAUCUCGGCCUCACCGCCCACUGCGGUCUCUGCGGCACCGCGCUCGAGGCCGGCGACGCCUGCACGGCGCUUCUCGGCGUCGACCGGGCCAUGCGGUACCGUCGCCGCACGCCGCCGUUUGCGUAUCCCCAGUAUGCAUUUUUCCACGGCGAGGUGGCGGCCGGACUGGAUCCGGACGACGAGCCGGGGACAAACAACAAGAACGAGCCGAUGAUGUGCCGCAACGCCUCGUGCACCAAGGGCACGGUCAUGCUGGAGGCCUGCACCGUGCAUGUGGACUGCCGCAUUGUGUUCCGGAAGCACUGCGGGAGAGGCGGCGACGGUGCUGGCCUCGACAGCCAAGACGCCCUGGACCGUCUCUGGAUCGCCGCUGCUUGGCGCCGGCCGUGGCGACAGGCGGCGCGGCUCUGGCUGGACGAACCGGGACAGGCAGACCGGCGAAUCUCCGUCGACCGGGUGGCGAGGGCCAGUAUCGCCGCUGGGCAUGGCCAGGAACAGGAAGGGGGGCAGGAACCGGAUCUGUCAAGCCUCCUUCGUGGACUGACGCGACUGCCGCCCGAGCUGGUCGACAUUGUCCUCCAGAACUCUGCCGACAGCCAGGUCUGGCGUUACGCAGCAGUGCUCGACCGAGGCCAGCCUCUCGCCGAAAACACCGCCCAGCUCGCAUCCCAUCCCCUGGCCGAGGUUGCUGCCUGGGAUCGGGGCAGCUCUGUGGUCCUUUUUCGCUCGGAACAGGCAGCCAGCGCGGCCGACCACCCGAUUCUGCUGCUGACCAUCGAUGCCCGGGGGCUGAAAUCUGUCCAGCGGCUGGCGGCUCGACCGGCCGCCACGCACGAUCGAGCCUCUCAUACGGAAGCGUACACCAUCGUGGACCAAGCCGACGUGAGGGGUGUCAAGAUACACGUUAAGUAUGGCAUGGCCCGCCUGGAGGUGCCCAAGAAGAUGAAGGGCCUCCACAUCUGGGACACACCCACGCCGCCGGAUGUCUCGGCCGACUGUCGCUUCAUAUUUUCCUGCAUUGUCCCAACCUCCAAGUUUCAGGCGGUGCCGCUCGACCACUGUGACGGCAUCACGCUUAUGUUUGUGUACAGCAAAGUCGCAGCCGUGCACAUACAUACGCCGGCAACGCCGGCGGCCCGCUUCACUCAACUGGCCUUGGACCCCGGUGCUGUGAACUGGGUGUACAUUCCCAUUCCACGGGCGGCCGGGGAACGGGUCCUGGCCUUUGGAGCAAGACGGAAUGCCCGCCAUUGGCAAGACGCCGAGGAAGAGCUGGCGGACAAGAAGAAAAAGAAGAAGAAGAAGAAAAAGAAGAAAAAGAAGAAAAAGAAAAAAAAGCAGGACGAGGAGGACGAGGAGGACGAGGACACGGAGAACGAAGACCAUGACAGAAACGCAUACGUCUACUGCAACGCAAAUUUCCUCUUCCGCUUCCGACUGGCCGGCGACGUCUCGGUCGGCCCGAUGCUGGACGCGCCGCGGGUCGACACGGUCGUGGCCGCCAGGCCCCCCAUCUCGUUGGUGUUAUCCAUCAGCGACUCGGAAUUGCUGGCCGUCGCGGGGGCGUACGACGCGAUCCCACGGCCCCCGUCACCCGUCACGCUGGCGCCGCCCUUUGGCGCCCUACCCCCGCGCGAGCCCGCCCGGGCCGACGACUACAGCAACUUUCUGUCGACGGCGCCGAUCGACAAGCCCGUGGCGCGCAUCACCGUCUUCAGCGACCCCACGUACGGCUUCGACCGCGGCCUGCUCGUCGAAUACGCCACGGGGGCCCAGCGCGCUCUGGGCCAGUGUCGCGUCGGCGUCGACGAGACGACCGUCUUUGACCGCCCACAGUGUCUCUGCGUGCGGCCCGCGAGCUACGACCGCACCAAGCCCCGCUCCUCCCGCGGGCAAAGGCACUGGCAGUCGUGUCAGGUGUUCUACGCGCAGUGCAGCGCCGACAUCAGCGACGGGCACGAGGACGAGGACGUGCACGGCGAGGAGCAGAAGAAGGCCCUCUGGAGCUGCAUUCCGCUCGGGACGCCCGGCUGCGGGACGCUGGAGCUGACGUUUACGGGCACGUGGGGACGGGUGGCCGUCCGUGGCGAUUAUGGCGAGAAGCAGGCGUGGCGCAAGAAGCGCUACGAUCUUAGCUUUUCCCGAUUCCACACGAGGUGA